CAAUUUCAAUUUCAAUUUCAAUUUUCAUAGUUUUUUUUUUUUCAGUGUUGUCUGUCUCGGUUCGUUUCGUUAAGCAAUUUUUAUUGGUCAACAAAAUGAUCACGUGAAUGAUUUUUAACUAUGAGAACAAAACUUAUUUUGGCUGCAAUUUAAAUUAAUUAUAUACAUAAUUACAGUAUACUAUGACUAAUGUUUCAGAUCAUAGAUCCUCAUACUAUAGAUUUAGGUACUUUGGAUGAAAUAAGAGAUCCAAAUUUCAUUAAUCGGUAUCCUCCAUUAUAUAAAAGGAAACCAAAUUUAGUAUCAAUAGUUAGACGCCAUAAUAAUCAUAAUUCAUUGGAUUCAACUAACGUUGACGAUAUUUUAAAUCAUCCAUUUGAUAAUAUAUCACUUUUAAGAAGUUUAACUCCUAUUCCUCCUUUAUUACAUAGUGAUUCUGAACAGAGUAAUAAUGAAUUGAAUGAUAAAAGAAUUGGAUUCAAGAAAAGACAUAUUAUUAAGAAUUUAUUCAAAAUGUUUACUCUUAAAAGAAGUAAAGCCAUCACAUUGAAACCAACCAUUACUCAUGUGACAAGUGAUUUCAAUCGUAGUGCACUUAUUAAUAGUACUACUCAUCAUUCAACUUCAACUUCAACUCCAACUGAUCCUAAUCUUUCAAUUGUAUCAGAAACUUCAUCCCAUUAUUUAGAUACUUUCUAUCCCACCAAUUUAAAACCAUCAUUCACCAUUAAACAAGAUUCUCCUGAGACUAUAUUAACUACAAGAUCCAGACUUGAUAUUAGAAGUGAGGGAAGUAGAAGUGCAAGAUUAUUGAAUAUAUUUCCUCCUUCACCAACCAAUGCUAUAAUCCAAUCGCCUACUUCAUUACAUUCUCCCAUAAAUAGUAUUGUCAUUCCUCCUAUUAAUCCUGAGUUUCAAAAUAGUAAUAAUCCAUGGGAUUAUACUAAUACCAUUGUUCAUCCCAAUUUAGAUAGAUCUCCUGAACUUAAUGGAAUAAAUUAUAAUUCAGAUUUAAGAAGAAGAAUAAUUGAACCAAGUCAAAUUCCAUUUUCUCAUUUUGAUUUCUAUAAUAUAAAUAGUGGUGGUUUAUCUCCUAUUGAAGAUGAUAUGAAUCAUAUUGAUGAUGAAUUGCAAGAUUCAGAUGAUUAUACUGAUGCUGAAUCAUAUUCAGGUUCAAAUGGGAGUUAUUAUUCAUUUACAAAAUCUCCUAAUGAAUAUCUUUUAACUGUUCCUAAAUCUCCAGUUUCAUUCUUAAUCAGUGGUACUAAAAGUCAACCAAGAAGUAAAGUAAUUAGAAGGACGUAGUUGUUAAACAUAUAGAGGUUUAUAUAUAUAAGUUGUUUUUGCAUCAAAUUUUUGUCGUGUACUUUUAACCG